AGACCCGACCCGACCCAAAACCAAAGCCUUCCCAAUUGCCCAAUUCACCAGUUUUUUAUGCUUAAACCCUAUGAUUUAAAGACCAAAUGCACAACCCAAAAUGCCCCAAAUCCCACACCUCCGUCUCCUAUUUUCAAACCCUAAUCCCUCUCUUCUCUAUUCCCCUCUUAGAUUCCCCCCUUCUUUGUAUCUUCUACUCAAACCCCCCAACAAAACUAUUCAAUCUAUUAAACCCUUCUCAAUCUUGGCCUCUUCUUUCAAGAAACAGAGGACUCACACUAAACCCUUUAGACCCUUUAGUCCUACAGGUAGAAAGAACAGUUCUUUAAGUGAAAAGAUUGACAAAGAGGGGUCUGUGAUGGAGGAGAAUGAUUCUUUUGUGUAUAAUAGGAAAAGGGCUGCUGGCAGAGAUAAGAAUGAUAGGCCUAAGAGCUUGCAGUUGAAAGUUCGAAAGCUUAAUCCUGUUAAUACCAUUUGUUAUGUGCAGAUUCUUGGGACAGGCAUGGACACCCAAGACACUUCACCCUCUGUCUUGCUUUUCUUUGACAAGCAAAGAUUUAUUUUCAAUGCCGGAGAGGGACUGCAACGCUUUUGUACAGAACAUAAGAUCAAGUUAUCAAAGAUUGAUCACAUUUUCCUCUCACGGGUAUGCUCAGAAACUGCUGGCGGACUUCCAGGUCUUUUGCUCACCUUAGCUGGUAUCGGAGACGAAGGAUUGUCUGUUAAUGCAUGGGGUCCCUCAGAUUUCAAGUAUUUGGUGGAUGCAAUGAAAUCUUUCAUUCCUAAUGCUGCCAUGGUUCACACACAUAGCUUUGGGCAUGUACCCCGACUGGAUGGAGCUGCUAAUCAUGAUUCAAGGAAGAUGGUGGAUCCCAUUGUUCUUAUCGAUGAUGAAGUUGUAAAAAUAUCUGCUAUUCUCUUGCAACCAGUUUCUGCUCCUGAUUUAAGUCAAAACCAUAAGCCUGAUGUAGUAUUAAAGCCUGGAGAUGUUUCUGUUAUAUAUGUUUGUGAGUUGCCUGAAAUCAAGGGAAAGUUCGACCCCAAAAAGGCUGCAGCUCUUGGGUUGAGACCUGGACCAAAAUAUCGUGAAUUACAACUGGGAAAUUCAGUGAAGUCAGAUAAUCAAGAUAUUAUGGUUCAUCCCGGCGAUGUGUUAGGCCCCUCCAUUCCUGGACCCGUUGUGCUCCUUGUUGAUUGCCCAACUCCAAUGCACAUGCAUCAAUUGAUUUCUAUACAAUCCCUUAACAAAUAUUAUGCUGAUUCAUCAAACAAAGAAGAUAACUCUAGAUCUGUGAAUUGUGUAAUUCAUUUAAGUCCUGCACUGGUUGCACAGACCAGUGAUUAUCAGACGUGGAUGUCGCGAUUUGGUGAUGCCCAACAUAUUAUGGCAGGACAUGAAAUGAAGAACAUUGAGAUCCCAAUAUUAGGAGCUAGCGCCAGAAUUGCUGCAAGACUGAACUAUUUAUGUCCCCAACUCUUUCCAGCUCCAGGUUAUUGGUCUCUCCAGGAUUUGAUGGGCUCUACUUUGGACUCGAAAGCUUCACGUGAGAGCUGCAUCCCGAAGAUUUGUGAGAGCAUUUCUGCUGAAAAUCUCAUGAAGUUUAAUUUGCGUCCUUACUCACAACUUGGAUUGGAUCGGUCUGGGAUUCCAACUGCUGUUUCUCCUUUAGAAAUAAUCUCCGGGCUACUUUCAGAGAUUCCAGAGACUGCAGAUGCCGCUCAACAAGUUGCCCAGUUUUGGUCUGGAGUGAAAGAAACUAGUGGAGAGAUGGUAUCCUUUCAAGAUAAUAAACUUAUGAUUGAAGAACCGUGGUUAGCUGAAGAUGAAAUUCCUAAUUGUUUGGAAGACGUGACAAGGGAAGAGAUGGAGAUAGUUCUGUUGGGAACAGGUUCAUCCCAGCCUUCAAAGUAUCGGAAUGUCAGUUCUGUGUAUGUUAAUCUUUUUUCAAAGGGAAGUUUGCUUCUAGAUUGUGGAGAAGGAACUCUGGGGCAACUUAAGAGAAGAUUUGGUGUUAAGGGUGCGGAUGAUGCUGUGAGAAAAUUACGGGUCAUUUGGAUAUCACAUAUUCAUGCUGAUCACCAUACUGGUUUAGCAAGAAUUCUUGCUCUGAGACGUGAUUUAUUAAAUGGAGUUCCACACGAACCUAUUAUUGUCAUAGGUCCUAGACAACUUAAGAGGUUUCUUGAUGCAUAUGGAAGACUUGAGGAUCUGGAUAUGCAGUUUCUUGAUUGUGGGCAUACAACAGAAGCUUCCUUGAGAGCUUUAGAACUAGAUAAUGAACAGCCCAGUCUGGGAAAGCCUUCUGAGUUUGAAAGUCAGACAGUUAAUUCUUCAUUAUUUACCAAGGGUAGUCGUAUGCAAAGUUAUUGGAAAAAACCAGGAAGUCCUGUUGACAGUACAGUGGCUCUUCCAUUACUGAAAAAAUUAAAGAAAGUGCUUGGAGAAGCAGGUUUGGAGGUUCUGAUUAGUUUUCCUGUCAUUCAUUGUCCACAAGCAUUUGGCAUUGCUUUGAGAGCAGCAGAUCGACUCAAUCAUGCUGGAAAAAGUGUACCAGGAUGGAAAAUUGUGUACUCGGGGGACACUAGGCCCUGUCCAGAACUCAUAAAAGCAUCACAUGGAGCAACAGUACUUAUACAUGAGGCAACAUUUGAGGACGGAAUGGUAGAAGAGGCUAUAGCAAGGAAUCACAGCACCACUAGCGAAGCUAUUGAAGCUGGGAACUCUGCUGGAGCAUACCGUAUAAUUCUCACUCAUUUCAGUCAAAGAUAUCCUAAAAUUCCAGUUGUUGAUGAAAGUCACAUGCACAAAACAUGCAUUGCUUUUGAUAUGAUGAGCGUUAACUUGGCAGACCUGCCAGUUCUUCCUAAAAUACUCCCAUAUCUUAAACUUUUGUUCAAAAAUGAGAUGGUGGUUGAUGAAAUUGAUGAAGACACAAAUCUUGUAACAGCAACUGCAAGUGAAGUUGUUUAAUUGAACAGGCAGGUCCCAAUAUUUAUUUUGUUUUUGAUAUCACAUAUAUAUCGUAUCUUCAAUCUCUCUCUCUUUUCGUAGAAGUGCCUGCGUACAGUGAAAUUUGCAUCUGUAAGCUGUUCA